AUUAUGCAAGUGCCUGGAACGUAAACAAACCACGAGAAUCGCUCAGAACCUUCUCAAGUAUGGCCGCGCAAGGGAGCGACCCGACGUCCCUCUUCUCUGCCCAGCCUGGCAAGCCGUGUCGGGCGUGUACGGACUUCAGGUCGUGGGUGAAGCAACAAGGAAGCCUGCAAGGGGCUUCUAAGUCUGGUAAGGAGGGAGAGGAGAAAAACAGUUCAUCCCAGAACAGCAAAAACGAUAACACAAAUGCGGCUAACUCAGUGUCAGGGUCUACUUCGAACGAAAAUGUAAAAUCAGCUGCAGUUGACCCAGAUGACACGGAUGUUCCUCUUACAGGGAGUGCUGCCAAAUAUGGAUGUCCUGCAGAUAGUUUGUCACUUGGGCGAGGAUCCUGGAGACUUUUACACAGCAUGGCAGCAUACUAUCCAGAGAAGCCAUCUGCUGACCAACAGAAGGACAUGUCCACCUUUAUAACAAUAUUUUCGAAAUUCUAUCCUUGCCAGCCAUGUGCAGAGGAUUUUAGAGAAUGGUUGAAGAAGAACACGCCAGAUGUUUCUUCACAAAAAGGACUGUCUCGUUGGUUUUGUGAAGCCCACAAUGAAGUUAACAGGAAACUAGAGAAACCAUUGUUUGACUGCAGCUUAGUUGAUCAGAGAUGGCGUGAUGGGUGGAAAGAUGGAUCUUGUGAUUAGUUUUUUGUAUAUUUAUUUAUAGAUUUCUUAGUUGGAAAUGUAUGACUACACUCUUUUAAGUUGAAAAGAUUAGGUGCAAUAUAUUUGUGUAUCUGCUGAUGUGCUUUGAAUAUUUAUAAUAUGAAAUGUUGAGAGCAAUAGCAGUUAUGAUUCAUUCCAGAUACAUUGAGAAUUCAAGUGAUGGCUUUUUGAAUUGCAAGUUGCUUCGUCACAUAUUACUUGGAUUUCAGGAUGGACCCUGUUAGCAGUUUAUAUUAAUUGUGGAUUUUUUUUUCUCUUUUGUUUCAUCAAGGCUGGAUGGUAAAUGGUUCACAGAUCAUCAGUCAAAUAAAAUUUGGUUAUUUACAUGCAUUGUUAACUGUGGUUUUGUUUAUUAAUUCUGUUUGCACAUAGAAUGGAAACAGAUGUUCACCAAAAGUCAAAUAACCCAGUUAGUGCGGGUGGCAAGACUACAAUGCCAUGCCCACUGUAAUAAAAGAUUAUCUGUUGUUCCUUACUACAUACAUGC